AUCAUGUGACAUUCUCCAUUUCGCCAUUUUCUUCCUCUCCACCGGCGAUUAGGCUCUUGGAUUCGUGACCAUCUCUUGCACUCUCAUCCUCUUACUACGAGACCUGUCAACCUACACUAGUCCUUCUUUAGAGCCUAAACAUCCACCACUGAAGCCUUCUAGCCUUUCUGCUUUUAGUUUUUAGUGUCCUAAACGUGCAAGAAGAAUGUCUGCCCAGAGCCCCGAGUACUCUCCCUUCUUCGCAGUGAUGGGUGCCUCAGCAGCAAUGGUGUUUAGUGCAUUGGGUGCUGCAUAUGGUACAGCCAAGAGUGGCACAGGCAUUGCUGCCAUGUCCGUGAUGCGACCGGAGCUGAUUAUGAAAUCCAUCAUUCCUGUGGUCAUGGCGGGUAUCAUUGCUAUUUACGGCCUGGUCGUGGCUGUUCUCAUUGCCAACAACAUCUCUGAGAAAGUCACGCUCUACAAGAGUUUCUUGCACCUUGGUGCCGGGCUGAGCGUUGGUCUGAGCGGUCUUGCGGCCGGCUUCGCCAUUGGAAUUGUGGGCGAUGCAGGUGUUAGGGGCACAGCCCAGCAGCCUCGCUUGUUUGUGGGAAUGAUCCUCAUCCUCAUUUUCGCUGAGGUCUUGGGGCUCUACGGGCUGAUUGUUGCUCUUAUCCUCUCCACCAAGGGUUAAUUGUUGCUCAUAUUCUCUGUACAUGUUAACAUUCAUCAACAACGCACACACAGGCACCAACACAAACAUCUCCUGAGAAAACACAUUGAGUAAAUUCACCACCAGAAACAAUGAGAGAGGAGUUUUUGCGUGCAUGCGUGUAUUGUGAGUGUGCUGUUUGCGAGUGAAUGCGUGAUUGGAUUUCCUCUCUGUGUAUAGUAGCCCGAUGUGCGUUCCCCCUGUAAAUGCGCUGUGUAGCUAUUGCUCUUGUCCUGUAUGUGUGUGCGUGUGUGUGUUUCGAUCGAUACCCAAUUUCUCCUGUGCUACACCAGUUUGUCAUCAUUCUUUUAUUUUGUCAUCAUUUUAUUCUUAUUGAAGAACAAAUCAACUGUUUUGUUUUCUCAAUUUUGGGACCAUUCCAAUACUGUCACUGAUGUUGAGGACCUAGAUGUAAAAAAGAUGGAUUAUUGCUGUUUGUUUUUUCUUUCUGCUGAUUAUUUAUGAAGAUUUUUGAAAUGUUCAUUAAACAGUUUAAAUGGAUUAAAGUCUUUAUUGAAAUCCUGAUUAUCUAAAUACAGUAUGUGUGUGUACCAAAAAUAUAAAUAUAUAUGUAUAGGUAGGUGAAUUGCAAUGUGGGAAAUUUGUGGAGUUUCUUUGGAUGUAAUCACUGAUUCCCAUUGAGACCAUUGUCUCAAGGUAUUGAUGUGCAAGUUUACUAAGUAUGUGUGAGAAAAAUGUGUGAGUGUGUAACGUAACAUUCUUCAAACGUGUAGCGUUUAACUGUAGUUGAUACUGUUUCUGGUUCCAUCAAUGGGUGAACACCAGCGCAGCUUGUCCAGUUUCCAAAUAAAACUUCCUUAAUCAAA